GCGCGGACCCGCGAAGAUCUGGCGGCAGAACUGCUUAGUCGGUGAGGUGUUGACCACCCGGAGCGAUCCCCGCCACCUAGUCAUCAUGGAUCGCCACUUUCAAAACAUCGGCUGUCAGUCUGGUGAAUUAACGCUGCCCAACAGCUAACAGGAUUGAUACUAGUGCAGACGCACCUUGCCAUCAUUAAGCAGACUCCAAUACGCCUUGUCUUCAAAACUCAAUGAUGAUCCUAUCUACGCCUCACAUACGCUUCUGCACCUGCACUGUCGCAGCCACCUUCUGAUGUCUGCAACCCUUGAACCUUGGACCUUCCAUCCGUAAUCAUGCAUUCGUUCGCAUGGUUUUGUCUUUCCUGGGGACUGGUAGCGCAGGCCGCACCUCUGUCGGGGGACAUGUUACUUGAAGAGCGGGGAAAUGAGAACAUACACAUCACCACGGGCGAGUCGGCUCGGGAUCGAACAAUAUUCGUUGUGGUAUCCAUCUUCUGCUCAACAACACUUGCGUUCCUGCUAGGAUCCCGUAUACAGCGACUGAAGCGAGGAAUUCGAUCAAGACGGAACCUCAUGAUGCCUCUCCUCCUCGCUAUGUAUCUCACUGUCAUAUGCUACAUUGUCACUUCAGCGGCAUUGGUCUCCGGACAAGGGCUGUACACAUACGAGCUUUGCGACGCCGGCACAUGGGUGUGCUUGAUGUUCUACAUCAUGGCGAAAGGGUGGGUGUACGCCUUCUUGGUUGAACGUGUCCACGUCGUCCGCGCACCCUUCGUACCCCGCAGCAAGGAUGUGAUAUAUAUGGCCUGCCUGCUUCCUGCGAUGGUCAUGUUCACUGGCAUCUCGACCAACUCGUACUUCUGGCGCGUUACUGCCAUGCACAACGACGACGGUCGCUGCCACUUCGGCAUCCAGCCCGAGGCCUCGAUACCGAUCCUCGUAGUCAACAUUGUGACGAACGUCUCCUUGACUGGCAUGUUCUUCUAUCUCCUACGGCCAGUCAUCAAAGUCAAUGGCCUGUCUGCAUCCCUUGGGCCUUCACGCAAGAGCAAAGUCGAGGCAGUGGCUGCUCAACCUGUGCAGAACAACUCGGCUGUACAGCGAAAUAUCAAGACACUGCUGCGGAAGAGUAUCAUUGGCGCGAUAUUGAUCGAGCUACCCGUGCUAGCAAACAUGGCCCAAUUUGUGGUCACCGGUGGCAAGGAACGUGGCAUGGCGUGUCUGACUUUUUGCAUGGCCGAUGCAUUCUGGGAUGCAUUAGUCAUACAUUGGUUGACCUUUGGCUCGUCUGCAGCAGCCGAGAAGGACCUGCUGCGCUCGACGGGAGCAAGCUCGAGGCAGCCGCUUACGGGGCGGCAGGAGAGCAUCCCAUCGCGGUGCAGCAGUCGAAGAGAGGCGAGGCAGCCAGCCGUCAAAGCACCAGAGACUGCGUUCGUACGAGCGCCAGAUGUUGAGGUUGCGCUGCGUACAGAUUCAGCGAGACCUCUGGCCACAUCACCACCGUGAGGUGCUGUAUGACAAAAUCCACAAUCACUCCCAUCCAAACCACGUGCCCUCUGUUUCACCGUGACCAUCGUGCAACCCCCCAGCAAACUCUCCACUUAGUCACCCACCCAACAAGCCCGCAACCCACUCCAUCCGUCUAGCUCGACCCAACCCCUACCCUCAAAACCCGCGGUAAUCCACACCCAUACCCCGACGCCUCAGUCCGACGCCUCAGUCCGACGCCCCAAGGCCGACGCCACAACGCCGAAGCCGAACGUUGGCGUCCAACGGCCCG